UGUUUUCAAAUCAAUUCGAAGGACGCUGAAGAUAUACUGUCGUCAUUUGCAGUACCUGGAAAUAGAUCCUGGAAACUGCGGAUCACACCAGAUCCGGUAUUUUUAGAAAGUCCCGAAAACGCGAAAUUAGUGCUGGAGGAGCGACGCUACUGGGCAGAGAGAUGGGCAGAGCUUCAAAGUCGCAUAGAUACUACAUUAUCAGUGCAUGCUCCCAGUUCACGAGCACGGAAGAACAGCGCUCGUAGCAGUCCUACGAAGAGCCCCACUCGGACUCGACGAAACAGUAAUCGAUCAAGUCCCACGAAACAACCACAAUGA